GAGUCCGACAACCUCUUCAAGUGGAUCGGGACCAUUGACGGCGCCGCCGGCACGCCCUACGAGGAGCUGCGGUACAAGCUGUCGCUGGAGUUCCCUAGCGGCUACCCCCACCGGGCGACCCCCUGCUACCACCCCAACGUCGACACCCAGGGCAACAUCUGCCUCGACAUCCUCAAGGAAAAAUGGUCAGCGCUCUACGACGUGCGCACUAUCCUGCUCUCUGUACAGAGCCUGCUGGCAGAGCCGAACAUUGAUAGCCCCCUGAACACGCACGCCGCUGAGCUCUGGAAGAACCAAGUCGCCUACAAGAAGUACGUGCGGGAGACGUACACCAAGCAGGCCAAGAGCCAGGAGACCUGA